CGGAUGUCCUCAUAGGCACGGUUUACAAACCAUGGUUCGCUAGAAGUAGAAUUUGGAAGUGAACAAGUAUCUCGAGUAUUUGCUUAGAACGUCCACCUGCUUCCACACCACCGGGUUAGAUUUACCGUAGAAAGAUGAUGACUUAGAUCUGGCCCACCUACAUUUGCCAACGCAAACUUCUGUCCGUAUCAGCGACAUACUCAAUGUAAACAAAAGAACUGUACGUCCUCAUUUCUACCCCGACAAAGAAGGAAAAGCAGUCCUAUCUUGUUCUUCACAUAUCACGGCAUUAGAAGCAGAAACAAGAAACCAGUCGCGUGCAACAAGGCCCCGCGUUUUUCUUCGUCCCCCGACGUUCAAAGUAGAUAAAGUUAUCGAAAAUGUCCUGUUUCGUGGGUUGCUUCGACGCUUUCCGGGAGGUCUUUAACCCGGCGAGCAUCAAGGGCAAGGAUGUCCACGCCAGUUACUACUUGAACGUGCUGCAGCCGAAGAAGCCGAUUCGGGUGGCCAUCACCGGUGUGGCCGGGCAAAUUGGGUACGCCCUGCUUCCCAUGAUUGCCAACGGGGACAUGUUUGGCCCCGACCAGGAAGUGAUCAUCCAAGGUACUGUUUACUUCAACACGACUCAGCUGACGCGAUGUUUACAUCUAGAUUUACAACCUUCGUUCACCACCUUCUUGAAGAAAUGACGUAUGACAUGUCAAGUCGAUGAUGUCUCGCGCUAAUGCAUGAUCCGCCCAUGGUUGAUGAUGAUGAAGAACAGCAAUAGUGCAGCAAUGCAAAAAAACUACGUUCAUCUGACCAGGUGUCGACCUGAACAUCGACGCGGUGCGCGAGAACCUGAAGGGUAUUCAAAUGGAACUGGAUGACGGUUAUUACCCGCUGCUGAAGCAGGUCAUUUUCACCACGGACCCAAAUGUCGCCUUCCAGGACGCUGACGUCGCAAUUCUGCUCGGUAUUUGCUUGUAGAUAGUACUUGUCAUGCAUGAUCUUCUAGGUGAAAUACAUCAUGCACACCGGCUGCACCUUCUCCUUCGGUAUGAUCAUGAUGGAAGAACACAAGGAAAAACUGAACACCUACUUCUACCUACAAAUCUACAGGCGCAUUCCCGCGAAAGCAGGGCAUGGAACGAAAGGACCUGAUGGAGAAAAAUAUCAGCAUUUUCAAGACGAUAUGCAUUACAAAAGUAUCGUACUCGUAGUAAUCGCAUUCAUGCAUUACAAAUUCCUUUUUUAUGGUAAACCCGCAUGACAAAAACAAAUUGCCUUUGUCAUGCUGAGCUAAUUUGUAAUGCAAUUACUACUAGUACGAUACUUUUGCACAGGAUAGACGAUGGGCACGGCCAUCGAAAAAAACGCGUCGAAAGACAUCAAGGUGUUGGUUGUGGGCAACCCCGCUAACACGAACUGCCUCGUGUGCUCGCAGUUCGCGCCCAGCAUCCCAAAGAAGAACUUCUCCGCGCUCACGCGACUCGACCACAACAGGGCCAGAGGUACUUAUUAGCAUGGUCGUGCAGUGAUGUGUGAAAGAGAAAGAUCGGCACCAUUGACUUCUGCUACUGCAGCGGUUGCACUUGCAUUGUUGAUGUUGCACUAUUGACCAUCUUUCACAUGAUCUUCUUGUCAUGUUAAACAAAUCAAAAUUAUCCCAGGUCAAAUUGCCUUGAAGGCCGGCGUGCAACUGAAUGAGGUGUCAAACGUGUGCAUCUGGGGAAACCAUAUCAAAUGCAAAAAUAUCUGGGUCUGGAAGGUUGGAACUUGUGAUGCUAACCUUGGACUCUAAAAAAAUUUGUAUUGCGUGACCAGCAAGAGGAGUCUAGGUUGUGCUACGCGGGGAGCGCGUUUGUAAUGCGGAGUGGGCAUCAGGAAGCCCUCUAAAAAUCUGUGAUGCUAGGUCGUGCAUAACAGACAUCCCGGGCCAUGCAAAAUAUGCGUGACAAGUCUAAAAAUCUCCAGACCCAGACAUUUUUGCAUUUGAUAAACCACUCGUCCACGCAAUACCCGGACGUGUGCCACGGCACCAUCGGAGGAAAACCGGUAUGAAAUUUGUUUGAUUUGAGGACGGUGCGGUUCGGUGCUUAUUUCUUUUUGGUACAGGACCACGGAGGACCGGUGCAGAAAGUGGUGCUUUGGGAAUAAAGAAAAAAUUAAAAAAACAUUAAACUCCAGAUCGAGUCCGUGCUUGCGAAGGAGAAGAACUGGCUGAAAUCCGAAUUCAUUUCCAUGAUCCAAACCCGCGGCGCAGCCAUCAUCAACGCGCGCAAGGCUAGUUCUGCGUUGAGCGCCGCCCGGGGAAUCACAAACCACAUGCACGACUGGAUCUGCGGAACCAGCACGCCGGGCGAAUACGUUUCUAUGGCAGUAUUUACCGAUGGGACCGACGGGUAUAGAAGAUUUUGCGCUUUCAUGGAAUAGUAAGUAAGUACGCGAUGUGACAAGAAGUGCAGGCUCUUUGUGAUGCAGGGGUGCAUCCAUGGAAAUUUUGGGCAUUCUUGAUUUCAUCAUGAUUAAACACAAAAAACUAGAUACGGUGUCGACAAGGGGUUGAUUUACUCCUUCCCGGUCACCUAUGACAGCGCACAACUCCCCCUCCCCCUCAUUUGUAUAGCAUGAACGGCAAUACAAGCAUGAGCAAGAAUGCCGGUUUUGCGUGACAGAUUUGCACUGGAGUAUAGUGCUACUUGGGCUACUAGAAUUUGUCAUGCACACAGUGCCAAGCGGCAAAGGGUGGAUUGGGUAUUUUACAUGACAAAUGAGGGGGAGGGGGAGUUGUGCACUGUCAUAUCACCUGCAAGGGGAACGGUGAGUGGGAAAUCGUCAAGGGACUGCCGAUUGACGACUUUUCUCGGCAGAAAAUGAAGGCUACGGAGCAGGAACUCGCUGAGGAACGGACGUUGGCCUUCAGCUUGGUCGGCGCGUAGAGGAGUUUUUACAACCCGUGGGGAGUAAGUCCGGGAGAAUGAAUAUGAAUGUCUGAAAAUGUGAUGAAUGACGACACUGUCUGUGUCUAAAUCAGAUUCUUCGACUGACUCCUUGUACAGUCACGUUCGUAAGUGACUUUUUUACGACUUGCGGCACCAGGUCAACAUUACUUUGGAACACUUCGCAAGGAUACCGCUAAGAGAACAAUCUAAACACUUCUAUCAUCAUGAAAGGGAUAUUUAUCAGGAUAAACAAGGCAUCUAAGCUCUCCGCAUCAAAUAGCGUUCUAAGGAUGACGCUGCAACGCUUAAGGAAUUCAAGGGAAAAACAUACGUAUCGAUUUUUCAUCGAAGGUCAUUACAAGGAAAAAUGGCGCCAUAAUUGUGUUGAUUUUACAGCAUAGUUUCACCGAAAUAAGCGAGUAUACUUUUUGAACGGGUAUGCGACCAUCUUUUGCAAGAUGGAAGAUCUCCUUUGUUGCCAUCUUUCUGUCCUCGUCCUUGAAUAUUUUCCGUGGUUUAUUUUCAGCGCGGUGUGUCUGUCAGGCACAGGCUCAGGAGGUAUUUGCAGAUUCAUGCGCAACUGGAUUACCGUGUGUAAACAUGAAGGAGGACGGGGAUAGACAUGGGCAGAGCAAAGAAAGAGCAACCGGAACGGCAUCGUAAAAAGCCUCUGAAUAUGAAGGCUGACAUACUCCAAAGAACAACUUACAGGAAAACCGCACAGAGUGAACGAAAAAGCUCG